CCCGCUUCAGUCGAGGCGAACAAUCAGAUAGCGCCCUGCGCCCGUGCGCGGAGUCUUAUGCGGCCCACCACACUAUCUUGGUAAUAAUAUAAUAAUAGUUAUCAUUAUUAUCUAAUAUGACCAUAUUGACCAUCGAUUAUCAAAUACCUACCAAGCCACAAGUGAAUCUAUGCGAGUAAGUGAGCCCUGAAAAGUGAAAACCUGUGCAGGACCGGACCGGACUCCAGGAAUAUUGCUAAUAUUGUUUAUUGAUCAUCAAUAAUAGUAUACAAUUAUUUUCGUUACUGGUGUUUGACUAGAGUAUUGCAUCUCAAUUUUGUAUCCAUAAGUGUUGGUCCUUUGAUCAGUACACGGUUCUGACUUCAAAAGUGUAAAUCGAAAAAUAUGAUCGUCGACACAGAUCAAGAAAGAGAGGAUGUCGAGAUCGACUUAAGUGAGUAUGGCGAUUGCAAAGGUCCCAAUGCUAAGUAUGUGAAGUUAAUCUCAAGCGAUGGAUGUGAGUUCAUCAUCAAGCGGGAGCUGGCUUUGAUAUCGGGCACAAUUAAAGCCAUGUUGAGUGGACCUGGUCAGUUUUCAGAGAGUGAAACAAACGAAAUACACUUCAGGGAGUUACCGUCGCACGUGUUGCUUAAUGUUUGUAAGUAUUUCGCAUACAAAGCUCGUUAUAUAAACAGUUUAGAAGAAAUACCAGAGUUCAUUAUCAAGCCGCAAAUUGCUUUAGAACUAUUGAUGGCUGCCAACUUUUUAGACUGUUAACUACUGUCUUCCAUGACAGAAUAUUACUAUUGUUAUUUUAGUAAUAUUAAUAUUUUAAUUUUAUAUAAAAUAUCAUCCAUGCAUCUCCUUACUUUUAAAAACUAUUUUUUUUUAACAAAAAGAUUAUAACUAUUAUAUACUACCAUUGACUCAAGUUUAAUUUUAAAACAUCUAUUCAAAAUGUUAAAUAUGUUACUAUAAAAAAAGAAAAAGAAAAUUAUAAUAAUGUUUUCUUUUGUUAAAAUACAAAUGUAUUUGUUUAAUAA